AUGACAAACCGAGGUAGAUUUCUGAAUAAUCGACGAGCAAACAAGAAUUUUAAUCGCAAUAAAAAGAAAACACCGCUCGAAGAUGAUAGCAUGUCGAUUAUUUGUUUCAAAGAUCCAGAUACUGGUCAUGUUGGUACUGUUCGUAUUCGUCAACAAAUCUUUUGUACACUAUGCAAUUUAAUCCGUGGAACAUUGUCUCUUUAUUUCAAACAUGUUAUGGAUGAUCAACAUCAUGAACAUGUGAAGAAAUUAUGUGAUGAGAACUGUUUCAUGCCAACUGUUUAUGAUCAAGCUGUCCAUUUAGGGUUUUAUAAUAAUAUUUGUUAUCAAACUGACAAGUUUCAUUUUCGUUACAAAUACGCUGCUGAAGAGUCUGAUACAAUAGCGCAAGAAAUGAAGACUUCAGUCAAUAAUAAUGCAUCUGAAACGAACAAAAUGGAAACCAAUUCAACGCAACCGAACAUAGCUCUAUCAAAUACGACAAAGCAACGAAUUCUUGCACAAAUUCGUGAACAACUUCUCAAAGAUAUGCUUGUUGAUCGUGCUGAUGAUAUCGCAGCAAUUCCAAUUCAAUUCUACUAUUCCAAGAAAAAAUCUACGUCCGAUUAUAUUUAUGACAAUAUUCCAAAUAGUUCUGUUACUUCACCUCCGGCCGAAGAACAGUCACAGGUCAUACGUCAGCAGCAGCAAGAACCGCUGAGUGACGAUCAAAUGUCUUCUGCUGAAUGCAGCAGAAAAGACAACGGUGUGACACCGACUAUUGCUAUGACCACACAUGAGAUAUCGACGGCAGAAAAAACUCAUCCGAAUGAACAGCCGUCAUGUGAUGAUGACGUGAUGAAUGUCUGCAAGGAUGUGUUAAAUAAUAUUCUUGUUGACGCGUAUUCGAAAACGGAUGAAUACAAACGUGAACGAGAACUUCUAUUUGGUAUAGCACGACGAAGAUACAAGAAAAGAAAAGCAUUCUUUUGUGAUAUAUGUUCAACCUUCUUAAUAACUGAAGAUUUGUGUACCGCACAUCAAAAUAGUGAGAAACAUUUGGAGAAAGUUCGUCAUUAUCAAACCGAACUUUUGCCAUGGCGUCGCGCUAUGCAAGAAUCUUUCAUCACCGGUAAACCGAUGAAAGAUAUCAUAGGUGCUACUGCGUAUGCAGAUUACAGAGCGACAAUGGCGUAUUAUCUUGCACCGAAUAGUAUACAUAAUCACGGGCGUUUUUGUUGUGCUUACUGUGAGUUGACUUUCUUCGAUCAAUGGCUCUUAGAACAGCAUUUAAAUACAAGUGAGCAUAAGAAGAAAAAAACAUCAACAAAGCAUAGAGAACUUGUUCCCCAUUUCGCGGAUAUGACUAUCUUACCGAAUGUAUAUCGAUUGAAUGGUGUGAAGGAUCUUGCUGAGGUUCCGGCCAAUAUUAAGAAGGAAGAAUCAUGGUCUAGUGCGACAUUGAAACAACUUGAUGAAGAUACUAAUUCGUUUCUUCAACAGUUUCCUUUUGAUGAAUUUGAAGGCGUCACACGUAUUACAAAUGGUAAAACACCGCGAAAUCAAGGACCACCAGCUGUUCAGACACUACCAACGCAAAAAGCAUGGAAAAAAGAUAAAGCUCCGGCUAAAUACUUCCCGAAUAAACGUGGAGGAUUGAAUAGAGGAAAUCUAGGACAACCUCAACCGACAGUGUCCCAAGGAGGAAAGGCCGCAAAACGAUCGUUUCCUUCCACGCCUGUAUUGAAUAAACGAUUUCGACAAGAUCUGAAUAAUUCAUUUCCAGGAGCAAAUCGUGGUCCAGGAAUAUUAAGAAAUUACGAACCGAAUGCAUAUAACUAUGCCCAAACAGGACCUAUUAAUAAUGGAAAUAAUCGUUGGCCACCUGCAUACUCUAAUAAUCAACAACAACAACGACAAGAAUACUACCAACAGCGAAAUUUCGAUACACGAUCGUACCCGACGAAUAACAAUACUAAUAAUAACAACGCAUUUUAUGACAAUCGUAAUCCACAGAUGAGGCCCAAUACUAAUAAUUAUGAUAAUGAACGUCAGUUACGAUUCAAUAAUGGUGCUGACCCAGGAUACCCCAAUCAGCAGUCGAGUUAUAGUAAUUCAUUCAAUCGUUCAUCAACAAAUUUCGUAAACGAUUAUUCUACUGAACCGAUUCCACCGAAUCGUCUUCAUCAGCGAGGAAACUCUGGUCCAAACAAUGGAUUCGGAUAUUCUAACAUGAAUAAUCAUCAACGUUCUCAACAACUACAACAGGAAACAGCACGACCUUCGUUAACGCAAACUCAAUAUCCAAAUUCCAAUUCUUUCCACGGUUUUGGUACGCACAAUAGUAAUACGAUGAAUUCAUCGUUUUUCACCCCGCUAAAUAAUCAACAACCGAGCCCAAUGCCAAUAAAUGGUCAAUCAAUAAAUUCCUAUGCUGAUUAUCGAGCAUCAUCUGCUCUUCCCCCAGCAAAUAAUCCUUCUACUGCAUAUCCACCAGUUCGUAGCUUGUCCAAUUCAACUGGGCCCCAAAAUCAUAUGUUUACUGAUUUUUCUCGAUCAAACAUAGAAGCAUCGAACUUCAAUACCUCAGGACAUCAAAGUCUUAUGCCACCAUCGUAUCAGACACCAUGGCGUGACUCAUCGAAUGGCAUGAAUACUGCUCGUGGUCGGGAUAAUACUUUUCACCAUGCGAAUAAGCAGUCUAAUUCCACAUUUUCACAUUCCAACAAUAACAACAACGGUAUGAAUUCAUCGGCACGAGGACGGGGUUCUGGUCAGAACACUCGAUUUUUCGGUGGUCGACGAUAA